AUGGCUCGCUCGUGGCAGGACCGGGCAGCUGCAAAACAGCAAGCUGCGAGAGACAAGAUUCCCCCGGAAUGGCGGUUGUCGACGAGCUUCCUCGAGAAGAUCAACGCAUCCGAACAUGAGCCGACUGACCUCCUCGCGUCUGAUGCGAUUCGCCAAAGCGGCAUCUUAUCCACGUCUGAGAUCGACCUCACCGAGAGCUAUACCGCCAAGGCGCUCGUGGACAAACUUGCUUCUGGUUUCGUUUCUGCGGAGGAUGUUACUCUGGCGUUCUCGAAACGGGCUGCUAUUGCCCAACAACUGACGUCGUGUCUCACCGAGACAUUCUUCGACCAAGCAAUAGAGAGAGCGCGGUUCCUAGACGAGUACCUUCGCAAGGAAGGGAAGGUGAUAGGACCUCUUCAUGGACUUCCCAUCAGCAUUAAGGAUAGCUACAACAUCAAGGGUGUGCAGAGCACUAUUGGCUACGUGUCUUUCCUUGAUCGUGAGCCGGCGGCGGAAAACUCGGUUGUCGUGGAUAUGCUCCUCAAGCUUGGGGCCGUCCUCUACGUUAAGACCAACAUCCCGCAGACGAUGAUGGUCGCUGAUUCCGAUAACAAUAUCUUCGGACGUACUCUAAACCCCCAUCGUACCUCGCUUACGGCUGGUGGCUCGUCUGGCGGUGAAGGAGCGCUUGUUGCGUUGCGAGGUUCCCUGAUCGGAGUAGCUACGGACAUUGCCGGCUCGAUUCGCAUCCCCGCAUUAUGCUGUGGCAUCUACGGCUUCCGGCCAACGUCCGGCCGGGUGCCUUAUGGGGGCGUCACAUGGCACGGCCUCCCGGGCCACCCAGGAAUCCUAGCUACGGCUGGACCGUUAACCACGUCGCUUGAGGACACAGAGCUGUUCCUUACAGCUGUGCUUGACGCCGAGCCCUGGAGAUACGACUCGACCACGCAUGCGGUGCCGUGGCAGACCACUGACGUCACAUCUCUGUCUUUGAGAAUUGGCGUCUUGGCUGAAGACCCGAAAUGGCCGCUGCACCCACCCGUCCGACGUGCCAUCCGCGACGCUGCUGACCUCCUCCAAAGUGCCGGACACACAAUCGUUUCGCUCUCACAGGACCCUUCUACAGCGGCAGGGACAGGCCUCGACCUGUCUCUCGAGUACUUGUCCCUCGAUACCAGCCAGACAUCAAUUCGUUAUGUGAACGAGAGCGGCGAACCUGCAAUAAACUCGCUGAAAGUCCUGGGUCUGGAUAAUCCGCCAACCGACAAGCCCCCGUAUUCGAUCCAGGAUCUCGCCGCCCUAGAUUUGAAACGGGUUCAGUACGGUAAUUCGUGGCGCCGGCUUUUUUCAGACCUGGAACUAGAUAUUGUCCUGGCCCCCGCAGCGCAGAACACGGCAGUGCCGCAUGAUACAUAUGGCCUCUUUCCAUACACGGUUAUGUGGAAUCUUCUUGAUCACAUAUCGUGA